UUUCAGCCGUCUGCAAACCGAUGGUCGACGGCAGACCUAUCUGAAAUAUGCUGGCGACGACUACGGUGGACUUAAACGUUUACAAGAAUCGUAUCCUGGAUCAAUUUCACCUCAGGUUGUCUUCAUAUUUAGCCGAGUGAUGGUGCCGUCGCUGGAUAACAACUGUGAAUGAAGACGCUGUUAGCAUUGAUCGUAUUGUCUCAGGAAGCCGCCUAGCUUAAGCAAAUCGUUAGCUUGGAGUUGUGUUGAAACGGAGAGCUAGCUAGCUGAUGUUCUAGUGAGCUCGUUUGAAGGCACAGUGAAACGUUAUUUGACGUUUACUCGAAACUUGACUCGACGCAGGGAAAAUGGCUUGCGAGCCUAAGCGUGUCCGGCUGCUAUGCAUGCUCUCAUUGACUUUUGGGUUUUUCAUUGUGGAAGUGGUGGUCAGCCGGAUAACCGCAUCUCUAUCGAUGCUGUCGGACUCCUUUCAUAUGCUGUCGGACGUCAUUGCGCUGGUGGUGGCUCUGGUCGCGGUGCGAUUCGCCGAGAAAACCCAUGCGACCAACAAAAACACCUUCGGGUGGAUCCGGGCGGAGGUGGUGGGGGCUCUUGUCAACGCCGUCUUCCUCACUGCGCUGUGCUUCACCAUCGUCCUGGAGGCUAUCGAGCGCUUCACCGAGCCCCAUGAGAUCGAGAGCCCGCAGGUGGUCAUCGGGGUCGGUGCCGCGGGGCUUCUGGUAAACCUGCUCGGACUCUGUCUGUUCCACGGACACUCACACGGACACGGUCACUCUCAUGGCAAUAAGAACAAGAGGGGUAAACCCGGCAAGUCCCAGAAUGGGUCUUCAGGAGAGGAGACCAACAACUUGGUGGGAAAUCACAACAGCCCGGGUGAUGUAAAACCGAGAAAUGAAAUCAGCUCUAAAGACAGCACAGAGGUGCAGAUGAAUGGCAACACCCACUAUGAGGAGGUCGACCAUGACCACGACUCGUCGUCCCAGCUCAACAUGCGCGGUGUCUUCCUGCAUGUGUUGGGUGAUGCCCUUGGCUCCGUCAUUGUGGUGGUUAAUGCUGUAAUAUUUACCUUUGUGUGGCAGCCCUGUAUAGCUGGUGAGAUGUGUGUGAACCCCUGUAUCAAUAGCCACACCACAGACCACCAACAUGUCAAUCACACACUGGUCGACCUGCUGGAAGGCCCCACUAUGUCUGCCAUGAAGUUUGCCGGCCCCUGCUGGGUUCUCUACCUGGAUCCUACACUCUGCAUCAUCAUGGUGGGCAUCCUGCUGUAUACUACCUACCCGCUGCUCAAAGAGUCAGCCCUCAUCCUGCUGCAGACCGUGCCCAAGCAGAUCAACAUGCAUCGGCUCAAUGAGCAGUUGCUGAGUCUGGACGGCGUCCUGGCCAUCCAUGAUCUGCACAUCUGGCAGCUGGCCGGCAGCCGCAUCAUUGCCACGGCGCACAUCAAGUGCCACGACCCCACAUCUUACAUGGAGGUGGCCAAACGCAUCAAGGACUUCUUCCACGAUGAGGGCAUCCACGCUACCACCAUCCAGCCCGAGUUUGUCACAUUCAACUCGGAGUCUCGAGACCCCCUCUGUGAGCUCUCCUGUCGGACUCAGUGUGUUCCCAAGCUGUGCUGCGGCUCUGCGGACAAACAGAAUGCAGGCUCUGAUAAGAAGGCCGGCAAUGACUGCAAGGCUGCUGCCACCUCAGCCCUGGAGGCGAUCAGUGAGACCCCAGAGCAGGCUGCAGCCGUUGCUGUGCGCCCUCAGCCAGAGGUCGAGGUUACCAUUGCUAGAGAGGUGGAGUCGUCUCUGUGAGAUGGGGGGGGGGGGUAGAGAGAAACAGAGGAGAAGCUGAAAACCACCACAGCCGACUAAAAUCAUUGUCGUGGAUGCUGUUAUCUUUUGGCCCAUAGCCUUUUAUUCUUUGUCAUUGCCCUGGGUGUUUGGCUGAAAAAGCCCCCCAAAACCCCCUCUGUUCAUGCAUUUGAGCCAUUUCUUUCUAUCUUUUUUCUCUCCGUGUACCUAUUUCCAUCCCGUCCCUCCCAGCCUCUCCUCUGCCUCUCAGCCCCUCUCUUGUUGUCUGUUGACCCGGAAGUAUGGUGGCGAUGCAUGUUGGGGACCUUAUGUCCCCCGGGACUGGAGCGAGGCCUGCAUGAGUGUCCCUCAUUAGCACCGUGUUGUGAUGCGUCAUCUCGUCCAAUGGUGUUUCUGUGCCAAAGCUUCUCACUGCAGGACUGAAGGGAUCUGAGAGGCGUCCUCUCCUUUGAAAGGACACACACACACACACACACACACACACACACACACACACAACACAUGCAAGUCAGAGCACACAUCACUAGGUUAUUUUGUUUAGUCUAUGGACCUGUUGGCAAAGAGUCUACCUUUUUUGUUUUUUGUGUAGGCUUUAAGCAGAUCUAUUUUCUUACCCUCUGGCCCCAAAUGGAAGAGUAUUGUAUUGCAUACUAAUUUAAGUAUUUAAGUUUUUAGAAAUGAUCUAUUUCUCUCUGUAGAUGCUGUUUGUAAUUAGUUUGGAUGAUAGAAACAUUUUUGCAAUUCUCCUGUCUUGAAUUUUUGACAGACCAUCUAUGCUGUAGUCAGUUUUUCAAAUGUGAUGUUUUAUAAUGGUUCUGUUUCUCAAGACUUUUCUCUGGCCUUGACUCAGAUUUAAUUGCAUUAGUUGGAUACAGAAGCCGUAUCGACAUCUCUCUCACCUUGCCUUUUAAAUACAAAAAGUAUUAGUAUAAGUAUAGUAGACACAGUGUAACUGAACUUCUUGCAACGGCACAGUCACCUAAUUAAAUGUUCAUUCACAAAUUUGAUGCCUUGCAAGCCAGAGGGUUGGGUCUGUUGUGAAGAAAUGAGCACUGUUUGCCAUUAUGACUAAUGAAACAUUAUUCUCUGUAUGAAUCUGUACUGGAAAGCUUUCUGAUGAUGGCUGUUGAAUUGAGUUAAAAAUCCUCAUGAAUGUGUUCGGCACCUUGUCACAAUCCAUGCUGAGGGGGGUUUUAUAUUUCCAGGACGUUCUACUAUGUUUGCAUGACCAAACUGGGGCCUGGUGUUCGACUUGUAGGAGCUCCUCUAAGAGCUCCAAUUGCUGCUUACCAGUACCUGCUGGUAUCGCCCAACAUUUUUCAUAACUGUAGGGAACGACUCAUCUUAUAGCUUUUCUGUCCUUGCUUUGGACAGCUGAGCAGGCUGUUUUUCCUGCAUUGAAGUCCAUAUGGUGGCCUUUGAAAUUUUAUGAGGUUUCACUCAUCACCACAGAUAUCGUGUAAAGGUGAUCCACUGAUGCGUUUCACAUUUCCACUCCUGAUUAAAUGUGUAUGCAAUAUAGAACUAUGUGCUGGGAAAUAUAUUUUGAUGCGUUCCUUCAUUUGUAAUGUUCGGUCACUUUUAUUCUGUGUCUUUUAAGACAGCUCUAUGUGCAAAUUGAAAACAAGUGUUUUUUAAUUUUAGAUAUGACAUGUCAACUGAUGUGUUUUUGAUAUACUAUAUAUCUACAGUACCUGUCCAAUGUGUCAUUGUGAAAUAAAUAAAAUAUGGUAUGGUGGUGGUUUGGUACAGUUGUUGGA